AUGAAAUUCUAUCCCAUCACAGUUGCUGCUACUGCUAUUGCUGCCUUUGCUAGCUUGGCAUGUGCGCAAUCUGAAGGCAAUACAGUGCAACCAGGUGCAGCAGCUUCUGCAGCAGCUUCUGCUGGCACUUACUCUUGCGAUCCCAAUGUCUGCAAACUUGCUAAUGGCUGUGUAUGUGCUUCCAAGAAUCCACCUAAUGGAUUAGCACCAAGCGACACACCUCAGUUUGUUACAGUGACAUUUGAUGAUUCCAUUCAACCUCAACUGUACGAGACAGCAAAGCGCAUGCUGAAUGUCACUAACCCCAAUGGCUGCUCAGGUCGUGGUACAUGGUAUGUCUCCAUGCAGUAUACAGAUUUUUCCUUGGUACAGCAAUGGUAUUCCUCAGGCAACGAGAUUGCAGACCACACGUUCUCGCACGUAGGUACUCCUUCUGACCGCUUCCUCUAUGAUUCCAGUUCCAGUGCAUUACAAGAUGAUGCUUACUGGCCAUAUACAUUAGACUAUGGCAUGGCAAACGACUGCUGGACUGGCAUCUGCGGUGCUGGUCAAACAAAGCUACCAGGCCUUUGGGAAAUCCCCAUGUAUGCUGUUCUUGAUAAUAUCAGUACUCCUCAAUUGAUGGAUGUCUACAUUGCUGGACAGCCUGAAGAUGUCACGAAAUGGAGUCUAGACACAUUCAACAAGCAUUACAAUGGUGGCAGACAGCCAUUUGGUAUCUAUGUCCAUCCUACUCAUUUGACUGGCUAUCCUGGUUUGCCCGAUCCUGCUCCCAAACUGGAUGGUCUAGUGUCUUUAAUCAAAACACUCUCAGAGAAGCCUGACGUAUGGUUUGUGACAAAUCAGCAAUUGCUGCAAUGGAUGAAGAAUCCUGUCAAAGCAUCUGAACUAGGAAAGCAAGACUACAUGCGUUGUGAACAGCCUGUUAUCGCCAAAGAGAUUUGUAACGGUCUUGACGAUGAUAACAAUGCCAAUGUUGACGAUGGCCUUUUAAACAGCUGCAACUUUGGUACAACUACCUUCAAUACAUGCUUCAACUGCCCAAGCACGGCACCUACAUUAGAUACACCCAAGCCUGCCACGGCAGCUCAAAAUGGCUCAGCUGGGUUCCGUUAUCCUCUUCCCAAUAACUGCGACACAAAAUGGUGGGAUCCUAUUGGAAAUUCCUGCCUCUGCACAUCCACCGAAUGUCAAUACAAGGACACUGCUGUACCUGUCAACCGGACAGGCGGCAGUAAUGGCAUUGCUACCAACGGAUCAGGCUCGUCCAAUGCUGCCAGCAAUGGCAUGCAUAAUCAACUGGAAAAUGCCAUCUUUGUUACCAUUGCAAUUGCAGCGUCAUUACUAUUUUAG